UUUCCGGUUUCUUCAAUGAAACACACAAAAGAGCACAGGCGAUAGAUAGCCUUAGCUUUUCUUUUGUCAGACGGUUGUCUGAUGACGGGUUUGAGGUUUAGCUAAAGGUUUGACUGUUUUUAAAUAAAAAUGUCUUCAUUUUAGCCUCGGAGAGAGUUUAUGAAAGAGCUGGUAACUGAAGAAACAUUCACAGAGUUGAAAGAAAUCAAUGUCAAGAUGGAGGAAGAGAUGGAGGAUCAGCGCGGACUGAUGGACUUCAGCCGGAUACCGAAGAUCAUCUUACACCGAAUAGAUCUCCCACAAUGCUGUGAAGAGGAGGAGGUUCUGAAUGAGCUCAGCAACCCGGAGGAAAAAUCCACUUUGGAUCAAGAGGAACCAGAACCUCUGCAGAUAAAACAGGAACAAGAGGAACCAGAACCUCUACAGAUAAAACAGGAACAAGAGGAACCAGAACCUCUGCAGAUAAAACAGGGACAAGAGGAACCAGAACCUCUGCAGAUAAAACAGAAACAAGAGGAACCAGAACCUCUGCAGAUAAAACGGGGACAAGAGGAACCAGAACCUCUACAGAUAAAACAGGAACAAAAGGAACCAGAACCUCUACAGAUAAAACGGGGACAAGAGGAACCAGAACCUCUGCAGAUAAAACAAGAGCAACAGGAACCGAAACAUCAAGAGUUCAAAGAGGAAGAGAAGCAACUCUGCAUCAGUCAGGAUGAAGAGCAUGUUGUGCUGAAACAGGAGACUGAUGACAUGUUGGUGAACAAACAGCAGAAAGGCACAACUGAGACUUCAGAACAAGAAACACAAAAAAAAGCUCAACCAGAACCUCUGCAGAAAAAACAGGAACAAGAGGAACCGGAACAUCAAGAGUUCAAAGAGGGAGAGAAGCAACUCUGCAUCAGUCAGGAUGAAGAGCAUGUUGUGCUGAAACAGGAGACUGAUGACAUGUUGGUGAACAAACAGCAGAAAGGCACAACUGAGACUUCAGAACAAGAAACACAAAAGAAAGCUCAACCAAACCAAAAUCGAUAUUGUUGUAAAAUUUGUGCUAAAACCUUUUCUCGAAAUAGUUCUAUCAUGAUACACAUGAGAACUCACACGGCCAAGAAACCUUUCACAUGUUCAACCUGUGGAAAAGAUUACCCUCACAAGAGUCGUUUAAUUGAUCACAUGAGAAUUCAUACAGGUGAAAAACCUUUCACAUGUGCAAGUUGUGGAAAAAGUUUCCAUCACAGUGGCACUUUAAAAAGACACAUAAGAACUCACUCAGGUGAGAAGCCUUACAAAUGCACAACCUGCGAAAAAAGUUUUGUGUCUAAUUCUCAGUUAGUUGAUCACAUGUCGAUUCAUACAGGUGAGAAGCCUUUCUCAUGUGGAAACUGCGGAAAAAGUUUCCGGAGGAAAGGUAACUUGAAUAGUCAUAUCAGAAUUCACACAGGUGAGAAGCCAUUCUCAUGUGGAAACUGUGGAAAAAGUUUCCGGAGGAAACCUAACUUGGUUCGUCACAUCAGAGUUCACACAGGUGAGAAGCCAUUCUCCUGUGGGACCUGUGGAAAACGUUGUGCUCACAAGAGUCGUUUAAUUGAUCACAUGAGAAUUCAUACAGGUGAAAAACCUUUCAUUUGUGAAGCUUGUGGAAAAGGUUUCCAUCACAUUGGCACUUUAAACAGACACAUAAGAACUCACUCAGGUGAGAAGCCUCACAGGUGCACAACCUGUGGAAAAGGUUUUGCGUCUAAAUCUCACUUAGUUGAUCACAUCAUGAUUCAUACAGGUGAGAAGCCUUUCUCAUGUGGACACUGUGGAAGAAGUUUCCGGAGGAAACCUAACUUGGUUCGUCACAUCAGACUUCACACAGGUGAGAAGCCAUUCUCAUGUGGGACCUGUGGAAAACGUUUCACUCAUAAAAACAGUUUAACUCUUCACAUGAGAAUUCACACAGGUGAGAAGACUUUCUCUUGAGGCAUCUGUGGAAGAAAUUGCUUGUAUGAAUCCCAGUUAGUUUAUCACAUGAGAACUCACACAGGUUAAAAACCUUUCUCAUGUGGAACCUGUGGAAAAAAUUUCACUUAUAAAAAAAGUUUAAAUGCUCUCAUGAGAUUUCACACAGGUGAGAAGCCUUUCUCAUGUGCGACUUGUGGAAAAUUUUUUGCUGUAAAAUACCUUUUACAUUUUCACAUGAAGACUCACACAAGAGAGAAGUCUUUCUCAUGUGGGGCCUGUGGGAAAGGUUUCACUCAAAAAUACCUUUUAACUUUUCAACAGAAUUCACACAUGUGAGAAGUAGCUGUGCAAUGAUUUAUCAGCCAGCUGAUUAAUUUGUGUUGAUAACCUUAAUUUUGGUACGUUGGUGAUCAGCAGAUACAAGCAUGUGAAGCUGAUCUGAUCCUCCAAUUUUAUUGACCUGAGCUUUUCUCCUGUUCUCCUUUGUUGAGAGGUUUGACUAUUAGACCGGCCCACCACGUCAUGUCUGCACAUUUGCAAUCGGUGCACCCUUAGUGAAAAGCGAGGAAAUUGUUUUGUGUGUAGAUCCAGUUUUAGUCAUCACAUGAAGAUUCACACGGGUUAGAAGCCUUUCUUUUAUAGGUGCUGUAAAAAAAGUUUCACUGAUUGGAAAUGUUCACCGUUCACAUGAGAACUGACACAGGUUUGGUGGCACAAUGUAACUUUCUGUUUGGAAGUGGUGUAAUUGGAACCGACACAUUUUAUUCUGGAUCUUUUUUAUUUCCAUUUUAUUUAUUGAGACUAAGGGAGUUGUUUCUCUUAGAGAAACAAUGACUUUGAAUGUUUUAAGAUUUAGACUUCCAAAGUUUUUAAACCUUUAUAGUGUAUUUAUCCUUUGUACUUUUUGUUUCAAUGAUUUGGAGAAGUGGAUGCAUUUCUUUGACAUGGUUUUAAUGAUUUUUCUGCUUAAAAAAUGUAUUGAUGAUGUGGAUUGAAUUUCAAAUAGAAAAAUGAUUGAAACUUUUUAGAUAAUAAAGUAUCAUAAAGAUGG